AUGGCUCUGGAAGCUCUGUUGAGGACAUCAACCGGAAGUAUAACAUCUACUUUCUCGCCGCACAUGGAGAUGUCUGUCUCUUCUUCGGAGUCAUCUACUGCUCCUCACUCGCAGUUUCGUCCAAGGUCCACUGGCUCUGUAGAGUCCGGUUCCCUCCGACCGUCGUCUGCUCUUGCUCGACCAUCAUCCGCAAAUAAUUAUCUCAUGAGCCCGAGCGAUAUUGUCGGCCCUUCACCAGUCACAUCUGUCGGAACUGAGAUAACGGAAAUAGAUGAUGAAGCAUCUGACGAGGUUCGAUCCCAGCCCACCGCAGCAAACCCUAAUCAGCAGCCUGAGUUGCUAAUGCUUAGGACGGAUAUCCCCGAUCAAGUACGCCAGAUAACAAACGAAGAGACGAUAUCAGUCAUACACGCCCCGGAAAGCUUUCGGAGUUGGAAAGCUACGAACAACUCGCCAAAGUAUUCAGAAUCUACUGAAAGGACAUCGUCUAGGUCACCCAUCUCUCCGGAGACCGAAGAUUCUACGGCUUUGUCGACAAGUAGACAAGCACCAAAGUCUAAAAUUCCUGGACUUCCAACACCGCCUCCUUUGUCGACAAAUGUUAAACCUGUCCGAUAUAGUAUUGACAGUGCAACACCCAGGGCUCAGGAUCUCCAAGAAAUCAUGAGCGAGUCAUCAAGAAUACGGUCCAGUAGCGCUAGUAGCCUCGAACUAAUACCUGAAUAUAGGGAGCCAGAAACAGAUGCUGAACCUGACCAGGAAAGCUAUGAUGAUGAGUAUACCACGCCGGUCCGAGUGCAGGAUGGCGAGGAUGUAGAGAUCAAGUCUUUGGAAACGGCUCUACAAGAGUGUUGGACUUUAUGCAAUACCUUAGCCAGUCUUAGCACUCACCACCGGGAAAGAGUAUUCAGUACCUCGGGAACGCCUGACGGCCACGAAAGAGCCUGGAAAUGUUGCUGGAAAUUAUGCCAGCGGUUGUACAACAACCAUCGAGACGAGGCUGAUGAGUCUUUCAACGUUCGUCGAAACUUGGACUUGUGCCGAGAUUUCUGCCAGGCUCUCUUUGACAUACGACAACGCAAGGAUGAGGUAUCGGAUUCUGUCCUGCGCGUGAGCUUUGAGCUUAAUAACCAUUUAUACAGCGCGCAGGAUAACCGAGCCCUUCCAGAGGCUUUCCGAGAGCGGACUCUAGACUUCUACAUCACCCUAUGCCAUAGACUUAUGAAGCAACGCGGUGAGUUGGGCGAGGAGACAGACUCGCUCCUUUCUGCCUGUUGGUCUCUUGCAGAGAUGCUGUUCAGUUUACGGCAGAACAAGAGGGAUAAAAGAGCACCGGACGGCGAGCUUCUCGGUUCCGCAGUUCAAGCGUGUUGGGAGCUCUGCGAUAUAUUUAGGGAAGGAUGGACGCAAAUCCGGCCCGAUAGGGGAACACCACGUCCUAGCCAGGCAAACUUUUUCUCGUACAACCGGGAACGGGAAAUAGCCGAGCUGACAGAUGGACGAGAGAGUAGGACUUCAAGCCGCUCGAAGACAGGUAGUCUCAAGAACCACACAUCUCAGGGAGGCAAGGUAAUGCGAAAACCACCGCCUGUCCCCGAGACGCCUGUAACCGAGUUCGAAGAUACACCCGUCUCUCCCGAUACUGAAUCGCCACAGGUACCAAACAUCUUGGUGCUGGGAACGGAAAGCAAUAGAGGUGGGAGGUGGUCUAGCAGCGCCUCAAAUUUCUCGAGCUACUCGCAGAGCAGUCAAAGGACGUCUAGCACAGCUACAACAGCGACGACAAACGAGGACCCUAAUAUUACACGUAUAAAGGUGCUUAUCCUGAAGGCGGCGUUGAAUGUUGGGUUCUCGAGGGAGAGCAGCGGCCCAGACGGGCAUCAUCACAACAGCGCAGCAUCUCUUCAAGCCUUUGUGAAGUCGUUGCCUAACGGGUCCUUCGGCUCAUUGCCGAGCCACGCAGCGCUCUUACAGAGCUACAAGAAUUUGGUGGUAGGCGAUUCACCCUUCCGACAAGCUACGGCGCUACCGUCACGUGGGAAGCGCGUUUCCGCUGUCGACGUGGCUAAGAGUGUAGACUGGAUGACGCACCGGUCCAGUUCAUACGGGUUUUUACGCGACCUAUUCAAGCUCGUAUUCGGCUUCCAGGUCGAGGAAGCGGAAGGGCGGAGGACCGUGAACAUCACGGUCUAA